AUGACCACCGUUUCGCCCUUUGCACGCAGCAGCGUUUUUGACGAGCCGCGCCUGGACGGACGGGAGCAAACCGUUGAGGAAAUGUACAGUGUACCCGAGAGUUUUCUUGAGAUUGAGGUUCGGAAUCCCCAGACACAUGGCUUCGGUCGCAAGAUGUACACGGACUACGAAAUCGUGUGCAAGACCAACAUCCCUGCCUUCAAGCUCCGCCACUCAGUUGUUCGCAGGCGGUACUCUGACUUCGAAGCCUUCCGAGACAUUCUAGAACGCGAGUCCACCCGUGUCAAUAUUCCACCCCUGCCAGGCAAGGUCUUCACCAACCGCUUCUCCGACGAGGUCAUCGAAGCCCGAAGGGAGGGUUUAGAGCGCUUUUUGAGUAUUGUCGCCGGGCACCCUCUGCUCCAGACCGGGAGCAAGGUGCUCUGCGCGUUCUUGCAGGACCCCGCUUGGGACAAGGCUCAAUGGCAAUAA